AUGCCCCCGGCGGCGGAUCGUGGAGACAAUGGCGCAAAUGAAUUUCACGAUGCGGACGAAGAACGUGGCAGGCGCAAGCUAGGCCCUGGCCCAGGGCUGCAGAUACCCAAGAACCGUAGCACUGGCAAUCUGGCCGUCAUAGGGGAGACCUCGGACCGGUCCCGCAUCCGAUUCUCCUUCGACGCUGGUUCCGCAGGAGCAGACUUGGAUCUCCUCACGAGGUCUCCAAUCAUGGAUCACGACCACGGCCUAGGCCUCUCUGGCCUUAGGCGAAUCCGCCAGCAGCACUCUAUGCGCCAACCUACCAUACCUUCGAACCCAUCCUCACGCAGCCCCUCGGUUGCGCGCCUUCCUCGAUCAGCCUCGAUGACUCUCAUGCCUCCGCCUCAACGACAAGGCAGUACCAUAUCGCUUUCACCUGGCCCCGCGUCGCCCACCUUUACCGAGGACUUAUCUCGCUUUCCCUCGGAAUCUUUGCACUCCUUUUCCUUUGCCAACCAGUCGGAGGAGCUCAUACACAGCCGCCAGAAUGUACUCAAGCGGUCGAUAGAGUUCAUGAGAGAUCACAUGGGCUGGGCUGCUGCCAACUCGACGGAUCCUGCUAUGGCCAGCGCACAAGCACGCUCUUCCGGGGAUAAGGAAGCCCAAACAAUGCUGGAAUUGCUAGCGAGAGCACAGGUCGUGGCUGCGGGGAAUCUGCCGAACCCGGGCUCGACCUUGGCAUAUGGCCCCCUCACCGGCCCACCCGACGUCUCAGGCACUAAUGUAUUUGACAAAGGAUUUAUCCAGAGAACCUCGAGCCCUGAGCCGCUGGAAGAGUCUUCUAAUUGUCCGCCGGACCUUCCUGGCCAGGAACCCAAGCGCUCUGGGUCCACCUCUAGAGGAACUUCUGACUCUGCCGAAUCCUCACGGACACCUACGAAUGAGAGUGGCGCUUCCGCCCAAACUGCACAGACAUCACCGCCGAUUUCGAGGAGACCAAGCUUACUGCAGCGAACAUUGACGGAUACCCGCCAUGUCCAAAUUGAACAAAAACUUGUAACCGCCAUCUCAAAGCCCUAUGCAGCGUCGACCGGUGUAGAUCCGAUCCUGUCGCCAACAACGGUAGAGUCAUUCAAAGCCGCCGGGGGUAAUUUUGCAUCGUCCGUGCCGCAGACUGCACCACAUGGUCAUGCGUCCAGGUGGGUGCCGGCGGCACAGGCUAUUUUCACCACCGAGGCGAAGGCGCCCUGGACUAUUCUGGUUGCCAACGAUCUUGCUUGCUUGGUAUUCGGCGUGACCAAGGCGGAAGUGAGGAAGAUGGGUAUACUAGAGGUCGUGCAGGAGGAUCGCAGGGCGUGGCUUGCGAAUAGACUGCGGGGGAAUGACGUAGAAGGAGCUGCAGAUUUCGCAGAGAGCGAAUGUAGCUCACCGGAGCCCCUCUCCCGCGUAGAAUCUAACAGCUUGCUUGGCAGCCGGGGUGGCGGCAUCACUGCACACCUGCUCAGCAAGCCGAACUCCCGGGCAAAGGCCUCUGCCAAAGCUCAGGCAGUGAAAAAGCCCAAAACCAACCAUGACAGUGACUCGAAGCUAUACAAGACAGCAAGUUCGCAAGGCGGCAGGUCCAACGGCGUUCUUCUCUGCGGCGAUGUGGUACCGAUUCAGAAGAGGAAUGGAGCAACCGGAUCAGCUAGCCUGUGGGUUAAGGAAAAAUAUGGCGGCUUGAUAUGGGUCGUCGAGGAGAUCAGCGAGGAUACCGCGACGGUCACCCUCAAGGAGGAGAGCAUUGUUGAGAAGGUGGAAGGUGCCGUUUCUGCCAUCUGGGGUGGCGCCGAUGUACGGCCUGGGGUGGACGUUGGUAAGCUGAUACCUCGAAUACCAAGGCAAGGCAUUGAUCCCAGAUCUGGCGACCUCGACUAUGCGCAAAUCAACAAGAAACGCUUCUACACGUGCCGAUACUCGGAUACGGUCAACAUACCAGCGACAGUUGAGCAGAUCAGGGGCAAGACCGCACUCAAGGUUUCGAGCUUCCCGCACAUCGCGGGUAUCAUAGUCGUCAAUACUCACGACCUGAGGAUCAAGAGCUCCAACUCGGUCUUCAGUGGGGCUCUCUUUGGAUAUGAGAAGCCAGAUGGCAUGUCAAUCACUACUCUCAUUCCUAGCUUCGAGAAGAUGCUCAAUGUGGUUACGCAGGACAAUUGGUCGCUGGAGGACGCAGUCGUUGUACCGGAGCAAAGCUUUCGUCAAGCAUACGCAAUUGUGGGCUUGCGGGAAGGCAAUCCAGACGCGUCGACAAGCGCUAUGCGGCCGUAUGGGGUACCUGCGAAACAUCGGGAUGGCUCCGAAGUCAAAAUUGACAUUCAGAUGCGAGUUGUGCAGAGCGAGAGUGAUAAAAGCCACGCGAUACCUGAGGAUGCAGUGGUGGAAGAUUACAGCGACGAAGCAAGCCGAAGGUUGAGCAAUGCAUCUAUGCCACAGGCCGAAAUGGUGUAUGCUCUAUGGGUAACGUACUCUCGCCACCUGCAUGUAUCGCAAAGUCACGCUGGAGGUGCAGCCUCCCCGUUGCUAUCGAGACGAGAAACCCAAAUGCAUCAGCCGACACCAGGUCAAACUCCUGCGCACACGCCGCCUCUAGAAGGCGAUUCAGAAACAGACGAGCCCAAAAAAGAAGACACAAUUUCAAAGUUCACAAGACAAAUCAAGGAAGUCGCAAGAGAAGCCGCAGCCAAGCUAUCAAGUGUAACUAGCAGCAAACCCAAGGAACAAGCGACAACAAUGGCCCCUGACACGAAAGAGGUCGUCAAGGAGACAACUGCAGAGGCCCCGGCUAAGCCACGCAAAAAGACCAUUGAUGACUUUGUGAUACUCGAGGAGAUGGGACAGGGCGCCUACGGCCAGGUCAAGCUAGCCAAGUACAAGGAGACUGGCAAGACGGUGGUGCUCAAAUAUGUCAUCAAGGAGCGCAUCCUGGUCGACACUUGGACUCGUGAUCGCCGUCUCGGUACUGUGCCCUCCGAGAUCCAUAUUCUUGACUUCCUGGGCCGUAAUGAUCUUCGGCAUCCCAAUAUUAUCGACAUGGAGGGCUUCUUCGAGGACAAGGUCAACUACUAUAUCGAGAUGGAGCCACAUGGUCUUCCGGGAAUGGACCUGUUUGACUACAUAGAGUUGAGGAAGAAUAUGAGCGAGGACGAAGCGCGGCGGAUUUUUGUGCAGCUUGCACGAGCGGUACAUCACCUGCACAUCAAGGCAAAGAUAGUCCAUCGGGACAUCAAAGAUGAGAACGUCAUUCUGGACGGCGGUGGCCACGUCAAGUUGAUCGACUUUGGCAGCGCAGCAUAUAUCAGGAAGGGGCCAUUCAAUGUCUUCGUCGGCACAAUCGACUAUGCGGCACCCGAGGUGUUAGGCGGAAGGCGAUACGAUGGCCCGGCCCAAGACGUGUGGGCGCUCGGCAUCCUGCUUUAUACCAUCGUCUACAAGGAAAACCCGUACUACUGCCUCGAUGAGAUUGUCGACCAUGAAUUGAGAAUUCCAUGGAUUCUGAGCGAUGAGAAUAUUGAUCUCAUUAAGGGGAUGCUCAACCGGAACGUCGAUGAGAGGUUGAACAUUGAGCAAGUGUUGGAGCACACAUGGUGCAAAGCCGCGGGCGAUGACUUUGAUGGCCUUCAUGCGAUCCCUGGCCCUUCCAAUUGA